GACGCAUCAGUGCCGACGGUGUCUGGGAGCGAAACUGAGCGCGCACCGGGAGCGCGCUUACCGGACUUAUGUGUCGCUCGAGGAGAUUUGCUCACGAGUAGGUGCCCCGUUAAUCUGCCCUGCGCGUAAACGUUGUCAAAACGCCCUCUGUCCGGUAAACUAGGACACCCUGGGAAACGGAUUGAAGUCCUUCUUCAAAUUACAGCCAAAUGGUUGCAGUUCGAACCACCCGCACGCGCCGUGCUUGAAGGGACAUCUUUACAGUCACACUCUGUCCAUCCCGCUGACGGUUUAGGAAUACAAAGUUAUAUCACUCUUAAACGACUCUUCGGGACUGGACGCAUGUUACUCGUUUUUGACAGAAACAUCAGAAUAGUUUUUUUAUUAUUAUUAUUAUUAUUUUUUUUUUUAUGUGUACGUUUUGAGUGGCGUUGGCUUGGAUAUACACGCGCGCGUCACUUAUUUUGCACCGUUUUUUCCCUUCAUUUUCCCUCGUGUGGAAUAUCUGAGGACUUUAUUGAACGCUCCAGGAGGAGAGAAAAAAAAAAUCUGAAGAACUGCUUAGGAAAUUUUGAGGAGUUUAUUUAUUUAUGAUUAUUUUCCUUAUCAAGUACGUAUGAUAGCUGUUAGGAUGCGUGUGGUGCGAGAGUCUUCGCCGCCUCUUUUAGACCAGAAUUAGUGGAGUCCAGGAAUAGAGGCUAGAUCUGGAUCUUCUCGAUCUAGCGCACUCUCCUCGCUGUCCUUUUUUCUUUCACCCCAAAGGUUAUUUGUCUAUUUCCAUGGAAUAACUGAUCAGGAAAACGACUGAACUACAAGGUGUCUUGUUGUUGGUGUUUUCUUUUUUUUCUCUCUCUCUCUUUUUUUUAUCACCGCCUGUAACUGACAGUUGGUUUAAGGUUGGUUCUUCUCCGGAGAAUGCUCAAUGAUCGAUGGGGAAUCAUGAACAGCUCACCGGAACUCGAAGACGGACAGCGGGGCAAGAAUCAGAGGAUAAGUUGUAGUUAUCUGCUAUGUACCAUCCUUCUCUUCGUGGCCGUUCUGCUCGCAGUCACCGUGACGGGAACCAUUCUUCUUAUGAACCACUACCAGGCUCCCCCCAUGUCGGAUGGCCCGCCUCAUAUUAGCACCAAUCAAGAUGAAGCCAAUGCUUUAGUGACAGUUGAGAGGGGUGAUGGAUCACGCAUCAAUAUCUUCAUCGACCCCAACUGCCCUGAUUAUAACAGUAACUUCCUGCGGCUGGAAGGUGUGCAGACAUCUUUGCUGCACUCACUCACAGACCACGAUACAGAUCUCAAGUCUGUCAAAGGUCAGGAUAGAGCACUAUUGGUCAACUUGGCAGAGGAAGUUGCUAAGCUGUCUGCUCAUGCAGGACAGCUGAAGAUGGACUAUGAGUCUCUCAGAAGAGGACAAAGCAACUUGGGACAGGACCUGAAUUCACUGCAGACUGAACAGAGCAGACUUAUACAGCUGCUCUCCGAGAGCCAGAUUAACAUGGUGAAGGUUGUCAACUCUGUGAGUGAUGCUCUAAAUGCCAUGGAGAAGGAAACUGGAGGUCUGAAGGCCAGGGUGAAGGCUGACCUGCAGAGAGCGCCAGUCAGAGGAGUUCGCCUUAAAGGCUGUGCUAAUGGCUCUCGUCCACGGGACUGUAGUGAUAUAUAUGCUAGCGGUCAGAGAGAAGAUGGCAUCUACUCUGUUUUUCCCACUCAUUACCCUGCCGGCUUUCAGGUCUACUGUGAUAUGAGCACAGACGGAGGUGGCUGGACGGUAAUCCAGCGGAGGGAGGAUGGGUCUGUGAACUUCUUCAGGGAGUGGGACUCCUACAGGGAAGGAUUUGGCAAAAUCACCGGAGAGUACUGGCUUGGGUUGAAACAAAUCCAUGCUCUGUCUAUCCAAGCAAACUACGAGCUGCGCAUAGAUCUUGAAGAUUUCGAGAACAGCACAGCUUUUGCACAGUAUGGUGUGUUUGGAGUUGGGCUAUUCUCUGUUGAUCCUGAAGAUGACGGUUACCCCCUCACCAUUGCUGAUUACUCCGGCACUGCAGGAGAUUCGUUGCUUAAGCACAAUGGAAUGAAGUUCACAACAAAAGACAGAGACAACGAUCAUUCGGAGAACAACUGUGCUUCAUUCUAUCACGGAGCCUGGUGGUACCGAAACUGCCACACCUCCAACCUUAAUGGCCAGUACUUGCGCGGACAGCACACCUCUUACGCCGACGGGAUCGAGUGGUCAUCCUGGACCGGGUGGCAGUACUCGCUAAAAUUCACAGAAAUGAAAAUUCGGCCAACACGUGAAGAGCGAGAAAGCAAGUAACUGCACAAAAAAAAAAAAAUUAAUGUAAGGGAAGGUUAAAAAAAUAAAAAAAGUUAAAUAUGGGACUUACGAGACAGUGGUUGUUUCUGAUCUGAGAAAAAAAAGUCACACUGUUGUGUGGCCGUGCUGUGAGUCUUACCCUCCAUGUGAUAAUCUCUUCAUCAUCAGGCCUUAAAGUUUUUUAACAUCCAGCUGUCGGCUCUCAGCUCACCCCUGCACUGACUCGACCACUGUCAGUCAUACUUCAGUUCUGACAAAAAUGACACUGAAUCAAGAAUCCUAUUAUCUUGCCAUUAAUUAGGGAAUUAAUUAAUGGAGGACUAUAUACGACAAUGAAAUGUUAGAAUGGUUCCUUCUGUCAGCAAAGCUCCUUUUUUCUCCCUCAUAUUGUUUAACACACAAUUCAUACGCCAAACACACAUGCCAAGUCCAGAUCUCUUCUAAGUCUUCAUGUUUGGAGAAGAAGGGUACUUCAAAAGAAGAAAGUGUGGAAAAUGGGAGGGAAAUGAGAUCAAGAGAGAGAGAUAGAGAAAGGCGUUCUAGGAGGAGAGCAGUGCAAAGGUUUCUGUGGGAGUUUGUCUCUCAUCUGUCUGACAGGCCAUUAGUGAGCAUAUUGGCCACUUUGUCUGAUCGCCAUUGCCAAGUGAUCAUCAGGCAGGCUCUUCAUCUCGCACAUACGCAGAUGGAGGCUGUUUAUGCAUGUGCGUGAGCGAGAUAAAAGGGAAAUGUGAUAUUGUCUCGUCUCCUUCCCGAGCGUAUGUUUCUGACUCGGCACUAGUUUGAGUGUUCUCGAGGAAUCUCUUUAUCAGCCCGAAAAUCUUGCUGGAGUGUGUUUACUUAGCGCUCAUUCACUCGUCAUUCGUUGAUGCAUGGCUUCAGACAACGAGCCGCCCUGCCCUACUCUAACGUGUAUAUCAGCUCAUUCACUGCCAUCUCUUUCUAGCUCAUUUUCCAAAGGUCAUACAUCUCGAACGUGAAUAUUGUGCUUCUUUCACCUUUUGUUCGAGCUGCUCCCUUCAUCUUUUGCCAUUUUUUCCCUUCUGUCUUCUUCUCAUUUGUUCUCCCUUCACUCUACCUUCACACAUUUGGCUUGUUUUCUUUGGUCCCCCGUGGAAGUGGAAAAGGUCAACAUGUCAUUUAGUACAAUUACACUGCUCAAUGUUCUCUCUUCUGCUCUUUUCUGACUUUUUCCUUUUCUCCCACUUCUGUUUCAUUUCAUUUCAUCUCUCUCUCAGCUUAAUUAUGUUCUUUUUUAAAAUCUCCAUUAUGGUAAUGACGACGAUUUAUUUGUACUUUGCUUAAAUAUUGUAAUUUUGAAUUCAAAAAGGAGAGAUUUAUAUAUUUGACAUGAUUAACACACUAACAAAACUUUUGUUCCAUCAAUUGUUUGUUUGUUUAUGUGUAAAGACAAGCAGCUUUCAUGCUGACUUGUGAAUGAACUUGUGCAAGUAGAAGUUGUUUUACUUCAUAAAUGUUCCAAGAGCUUUAAGAUAUGUGUAGAUUUCUUGUACAGUGUGUAUGUCUUAGAGACUUCUAGCGCAUGUGAAAUAUUUCCGUACAGGAAAUUGACAAAAGCACACUAAUGAAGCAAUGUAUGAAAGAAAAGAUCCUCAAUAUGUCCUGAUAAUGCCUGUUGUUACGUGACUGGUCUGGAAUGGAUCUGUUGUGUGGGACUGAAGUCUCUGGAAUGGACUCUUGUUUUUAAAUGUUAAAGUCUGGUAGGAGUGGAGUUCAAAUCAAUUAAAUGUACACCAACAAAUAAUGAGCACAUUACUUGAGAAAAUGUGUGAAGAGGACUGUAAAAGCAGCACUAUAGGAUGCUGUCAAGACUUUUAAAUGGACACAAAUGAGUGCUCAUGCUUGUCCCUGGAAUCCCCUGUAAGUUUGUACCACUUUCACUACAAAGUUACCUCUGUCGUUCUGUCUUUGUUGUGUAUUUUCCCUUGUACUUAUUUUUCUUGUUCUCUCAACUCUGAUUUCCCCCCCUCCUUUCAUUCUGUGGAAUUACAUCGCAAUCAGCCUCUUUUCUGCCACCAUUUGCUUCAAAGUUAACCAUGCUGCCUGUUCAGCUGUCAAUAACGUUUCUCCAGCGUGUUGCCAUGGUAAUGAUCCCCUGGACCAUAACUAACAGGCUGAACAAAGAAUGAAGGAAAGAGAUGUUAAAUGAUGUAACAAUGUCAUGAAACCGGGUCAAGAAAGGACAAAAAGAAACCAAGACUGCACAUUAUAAUUGGAGAGAUAAAAUUUGAAAUAAUUUGUAAUUAAGGGUCUCUGUGAGAAUGGGUGUGGGUGUGUGUGUGUGUGUGUGUGUGUG